UUGGCGGGAAACAAAAAUGUUCUUUGCAGAUCACGCAUUGAGCAGAACGUUUUAUCAACGAUAAACCAAGUUCAUACAUGUAGAUAGAUAGCCAUAGAAAGAUAUGGCCGAUAUUUUGAUGCAUGUCUUUAGGACAUUUAUCAAACAGAAUGGAAAAACGAAGGAUUUCAAAAUCAUCGCACCAUCAAAAUGCAGUACCUUGGUGGUCGGAGACUGUAGCGUCAACCGUUCGUUAUUGCUACUUGCUGCGGUGACAGCUGCCUCUGAAUUGGGGCUCAAAGUCUCAUUUUUCACUCAGGUUCAAAUUCAGAGCCUUCCAGGAUCAUUACACGAAUCCAUGUCCAACCUGAGCCCCGACAAUUUGAAGAAAAUCACGUUUUCAUACCCCAGGUCCUUGGAAGAUUUGCUUCAGGACGUGGCCUCUUUGCAUGAAUCAGCCUCUGGAUCUGCUGCCCCUCCGUCGCUGAUCAUCGUGGACGGACUGGAGGGCUACCUGCGCGGGCCUGGGGUGAGUGGUGGCCUUCAGCAGGCGGAGCAGUCCUCUGCUGCCCCUCCGUCGCUGAUCAUCGUGGACGGACUGGAGGGCUACCUGCGCGGGCCUGGGGUGAGUGGUGGCCUUCAGCAGGCGGAGCAGUCCUCUGCUGCACACAUCUCUGCUCUGCUGUAUGACACGGCUGCAUUUCUCUCACAGACCUUGGAAGAGAGAGCCGCUAGUCUGGCCCCCUGUCGGGUCAUAGCCUCGUUCCAGUCCGAGUGGGAAGGGCAUGCUAGUGGGGACUCCUCAGACCCUGUCCUCUCAGUGUUAGACCGCUACUUUCAGGUUAGGUGUACCUUGGACCAGGACUGGAACUCUGCCCCUGCUGUAGCAGGACCACAGGACACGUGGCAUGUUUACCUCUCUGGUGCUGGGAUCACAGAAGACCCUAUUGCUAAGGAUGAGGAGGACUCAAGUCUGGCACGAGAAUGGCGACUAGUCAUUUGCCCCAAUCGCUCAAUGGAGUUUACAAUGGUUUGAAAUCUAUUAAAUGACUUACUAGUGGACAAGGAAGAAAUAAAAGACAUGCAAAAAACAUAUAUACUUAUAUUAAACAAUUGCAUUCCCAAAGACAGAUGCAAGGGGAACAGUUUUUUUCCCCAUUGUACAAAAUGGCUUUCACUAGUGUAUACAAAAGUUUUCAGCAAGGUUUUUAUGUGAAUUAAACCACUCUGACUGAAUCGUACCGUUCCUGACUGCUUUGGCACAAUAUCAUUUGAGUCUGUUCUCCUCCCUUGCCCUGUUGUCUUCUCUCCUACACAAUGUGACUUCACAUUCAACCAUUCAAUUCUAAUUUACAUGACUUUUCUGUCUAACUGUUGUGCUUGUGGCGCUUUCUAAAAUAAUUUGUAGAGGGAAGAUUAGGCUGAUGUUAUAGACGGGACAGCAGAGAACAUCACGAAAACGAUGUGCACUCUUCAAUGGGGCAGAAGGCUGUGUGUUGUCAUUCUGGAUGGCCAGAUAGCUAACAAUAAUGACAAACUGCCAAGUGGCUCGUUUCAGCUAGUUUUUAUCUUGUUCUUGAUACCAUGUCUUGUUUUGACUGAUGUCACGUCUACGCUAAUAUGGUAAACAUUAGCUAGCUAACCACCAACUGUAACUAUGUAUUUGAGACAACAAGUGCUCAUUGUACAACCUUUAUGAUUUCAAUAAACAUUGGAGAUGAAA